AGCAACAGCUCCGAUUUCCCUUCUCUCUCUCUCUCUCUGUUCCCGGCCGCGACCGCGAAACCACGCCCUCCGCUCCCUCUCGCCAAUUCGCACCCUCCCCCGCCUCCUCCCACCAUUCCCACUCCGGCGAGGAGACAGUUCCUCGUCCCUCUCCGGCGAGGCUUCGGCAGCGGCGGCUGCACGGCUGUUUCCCGAUCUGCCGCUAGCCGGAGGAGGCUCGAAAUCGCGCGGCCGCGUCCUCCGCCGUAGCCUCGCACUGACGGGGGAGCACCCGGCUCACCCUCUCCGCUGUUUGCACGAGCCGACGACGGCUGGCCGCAGCGAUUCGCGUCCUCAUCGGAGGCGCUGCUCCCGUCCCCGCAGCCACCUCCAGGGACUCGGGGCUCUCCGGCCCCCCGAUUCGCCUCGUCAUCGGCUGCUGGAGACCAGGGUCUCUCCUGGUAGGUUGUGCAAUUCUCCAUGGCUUCAGCAAGAAAAGUGAGAAAUGUGAAUAAACGCUAUGCCAAAAUCAAUGAAGACUGGCAGGAUAAAGAUGCAACAAAUGUACAUAAAAGUAAAGUGCGAAAGAAAAAGUUAUCAGACAUGCUUGGGUCUCAGUGGAGCAAAGAUGAGCUCGAGCGUUUCUAUGGAGCCUACAGAAAAUAUGGAAAAGAUUGGAGAAAGAUUGCUGGUGCUAUCCGUGAUAGAACAUCUGAAAUGGUGGAGGCUCUGUACAACAUGAAUAAGGCUUAUUUAUCUCUUCCCGAGGGAACAGCUACUGCUGCGGGGUUAAUAGCGAUGAUGACUGAUCACUACAAUAUUCUGGAUGGAAGUAACAGUGAGCGUGAAAGUAAUGAUUCACCAAAAACUUCUAGGAAGCCACAGAAGCGUGGUCGUGCUAAGUUUCAAUCUGUGUCUAAGACAUCUGAUACACGUUACCCUGAUCUAUUGCAAUCUCAACCUGCUUCAUCGAGCUAUGGGUGCCUUUCUUUGUUGAAGAAGAAGCGUUCUGGAGACCUUUUUGUAGGGAACAGGCCACGUGCUGUUGGAAAAAGGACUCCACGAGUACCUGUCGCAAGCAUGUACCAUCGAGAUGACUGGGGUGUAGCAAAUAGACAAGCAAAACCAGAUGCUAACAAUGGUGAUCAUGAAGGAGCUCACGUAGCGGCGCUUGCUCUGGCAGAGGUAUGUCAAAGAGGAGGCUCACCUCAGGUUUCUCAAACGCCUGGAAGAUCUGGUGAUCAUAUGUUCCUGUCUCCAGUUAAAAGUAGUGACAGAAAAAAUGCGGAUUCAGACAUGGGAAGCUCAAAGUUGCAUGGGUUUCAAUUGGAUGCUGAUUACCCUGAAGGUAGCUUAGGAAGUAGGGAAGCCGAAACUGGUGACUAUACCAAAGGUGCAUCGUAUUUGGUGACUAAGGAAGGUUCUGCAUCUGGGAAGUCUCAGAAGAAAGUAAAGAGGUCUCAUAAGAGGAGGAGAAAAGCUGCACGCAAAACAGGCGAUCAGUUUGAGGAUGACAGAGAGGCUUGCAGUGGUACUGAAGAAGGGCAUAGUGCGAGAAAGGCUAAAGAGGAAUCAGAGCUGGAGGCACUGGGAAGUAAAACUGUAUGGCCAUCUAGCAUGUCAAGUAAAAGAAGUCGACAACUGUUUUUUGGCGAAAGCUCAGCUCUAGAUGCAUUACAUACAUUAGCUGAUCUAUCUGUGAAUAUCCUACAACCUUCUUCAAUUGUUGAAUCCGAAUCAUCAGCACAGAUUAAGGAUGAAAACAAAGACAAUGAUUCUGAUGAAAAGCCCGGUAUGCCUGCAGCAGUAUCAGUGUCUGAGCAGAAAGAUAACUCCAAAAGUACAGCAAAAAAACUCAAAAGGCAGUCAGACAUUGCAGGCACUGACAUGGUUACUAGGAAAAAAGCUAAACUUGCUAAAGAUCCUCAUCAUGAUGGGAGCACCACUUCUGAAGUAAAGCAACAAGCUUGUACGUGUGGCAUUAAAACAGAGAAAAAGAAGAGGAAGUCUUCCACAGGAAAGGUUUUGAAAGAUAGAAAGAAUACACUAAAAGAUGUUGAGAAGACUGAGGUUUCUACUGAAGAAGGGAAGAUAUCUUCUAAUAAAGUUAUGGAUAUUGCAGAGACAACUGCACAAGGUGCAACAACUCCGCAGGGUGACUUGACAUCAAAGGAUAGAAGUCGCCGUAAAUUAGGCAUUCAGAAAUCAUUAACUCAAGAAUGUAAACCUACAGAGGGUGCUGAUGAUUCGGGAAGUGAUAAACUUUCUUACUCAAUGAAUAAUGUUAGCGAUCUUAAGGACAAACUCUCUCACUGCUUGUCAUCACGUUUGCUCCGUAGAUGGUGCAUGUUUGAAUGGUUUUACAGUGCAAUCGAUUAUCCGUGGUUUGCCAAGAGUGAAUUUGUUGAGUAUUUGAAUCAUGUCAAGCUGGGUCAUGUGCCAAGGCUGACUCGUGUUGAGUGGGGUGUCAUAAGGAGUUCUCUUGGAAAGCCCCGUCGAUUGUCCAAACAGUUUUUGCACGAGGAGAGAGAGAAGCUUGCUCAGUAUCGUGAUUCAGUCAGACAGCACUAUGCUGAACUUCGAUCUGGUGUUCGAGAAGGUCUACCUACAGAUCUUGCACGACCUCUAGCAGUUGGACAGCGUGUUAUAGCCUGCCAUCCUAGAACAAGGGAACUUCAUGAUGGGAAUGUUCUGACUGUUGAUCAUAAUCGUUGCCGGGUUCAAUUUGAUUGGCUUGAGCUGGGUGUUGAGUUUGUGAUGGAUAUUGAUUGUAUGCCCCUGCAUCCUCUGGAUAAUUUCCCUGAGUCUCUCAGACAGCAAAACUUUGUGAACAAAUAUUACAACAGCUUAUCAGAAGCAAAAUUCGAGGAUGGGGUGAAAGACUUGGGUAGCGGAGGUGCAGCAAGAUUCACAUCAAACGUGAAUUUGAAUGGUGCCGAUGGGGCCUUCCAUAUACCUUAUGGUCACCCAAUAAGUACUUUAAUGAAGCAAGCAAAGGGUGACACAAUUGAUUCCAUUGCACAGGCCAAAGCUACAGUUAAUGAGGUUACAGUUGCUGCACAACAGGCAAUGUAUAAUCAGCCAUGCACUCUCUCACAGAUACAGGAAAGAGAAGCUGAUAUAAGAGCUCUUGCUGAACUAUCACGUGCUCUUGAUAAAAAGGAAGCUUUGCUGGUAGAGUUGAGGCACAUGAAUGAAGAAGUGUCUGGAAAGCAGAAGGAUGGGGAAACUAUUAGAGACUUGCAGCAUUUCAGGACGCAAUAUGCUAUGGUGCUUGUGCAGCUAAGAGAUUCCAAUGAUCAAGUAGCCUCAGCCUUGCUUUCGCUGCGGCAACGCAACACAUAUCGUGCGAAUCCAGUACAAUCAUAUCCUAAAUCCAUGGAAAAUGGCGGAGCCUUUACUGGAGCACCAGACCCGUACAACCUUUUUGGUUAUAUUAAUCCGGAGUCUGGUUCCCAAGUGAUUGAAAUUAUUGAGACUUCAAGGUGCAGAGCAAAAACGAUGGUUGAUGUUGCUAUUCAGGCGAUGUGCAAAGUGAGUGAAGGAGAGAAUGCUUUUGCAAAAAUAGGUGAAGCACUAGAUAAUCUGAGUAGCCGCGGUACUGGAUCUGGUUCAAGCAUAUUAGGCAUAAGGCGGAUACCUCCUGAUUCAGGACAGGCAAAUUCAUCUUACCAAGAUAACGGCACACCUACCCCUGCAACAAACAAUGCCUCCAGUCCAAGAUUGCCCAACGAGUGUGAUUCCGAAGCCCAAUAUCCUUCCGAAUUGAUUUCAUCCUGUGUCGCCACCAUUCUUAUGAUACAGAACUGCACGGAGAAGCAGUACCAUCCUGCCGAAGUCGCGCACAUCCUUGAUUCUGCAUUGUCGCGCCUACAACCGUGCAGCUCGCAGAACAUCCCGAUCUUCAGGGAGAUCGAGAUGUGCAUGGGCAUCAUCAAGAACCAAAUGUUGGCGUUGAUACCCACUCCGAGUGGCUAGCGCCAUGCCUCCUCCGGGCACCUUGCCUAUAUAUUUCGGAAAGAGACCGGAUAACUCUAUGUGGUGUGUAUUUUUCCUUUUUAUGUUUUGCUGUUUGUACAAUGUGUAUGUUAUUGCUCAUUAUAUAUUGAACCGUGGAAAAUUA